UACAGCAUUAGUUCAGUUCGACCAUUCCUCGAAGCUUGAAGCUUCUAGCCGCUACUCCGUAGCAGACAGGUGCAAACCAUUGCUCACUAGCAAACAUUCGAUAACUUCUUGCGAUAUCUCGGACGCUACAAUUACGAUGGUGCACAAGACGGUCCUGCUCUGUGCGCUCCUAGGGUUGACGAGCGCCGCUCGGCUCGAUAACCUCUACGGUGCUCCGGCACCUGCCGCAUCCUAUCAGGGUGGUGCCGGCGACGGGAACCUACUCAAUGCUCCACGGCGCGAUGGUCAGUUUGGUGCUCCUGCUAAUCAAUAUCUUCCACCCACGGCUGGUGGUCCUCAAGGAUCGCAGGGUGGCUACCCAUCGGUAGCUCCCCUAGGACAGGGUCAACAAGGUUUCAACACAUACAAUCCUCAAUCCUCGGGACCUUCAUACAGCGGUGCAAGCAAUGCGCUUCAACCGAGUGGACCAACGGGCGGAAGCUUCCAGGGCAACUUCCAGCAAACCACCCCCAUUCCGAUUCUUCGCUACGAAAACAUUAACAACGGCGAUGGCAGCUAUCGAUUCGAUUACGCUACCGGCAAUGGUAUUCAGCAUCAAGAAGAAGGAUUCCUGCGUAAUCUAGGUCCGGAGAAAUCGGAACAAGUCGUCUCGGGCGGUUAUUCCUAUACCGCUCCCGACGGUCAACUCUACAGUGUUCAGUACAAGGCCGACGCUAACGGAUUCCAACCGGUCGGAGAUCAUCUGCCCACACCACCACCACUGCCACCAGCACUGCAGGAAGCAUACGAUCUGCAUGCCCGUCUUCACGCUGAAGCCGCCGCAAGACCUCAGAACCCGGCCUACCAGGAACCGCAAGCGCCAAACCGUCAGUACGGUGCUCCCCAGCAGGGAGGACCCCAACAGGGUUCGUACUAUCCUCAGCCCCAGCAGCAGCAGCAGCAGCAACCUCAGCCCCAGUAUCAGCAGCCCCAGCCCCAGUAUCAGCAACCGCAGCAACCACAGUACAACCAGCAGCAGGCGUCCCAGUUCCAUUCGAGCUCCCCGAAUGCGAUCCAAGGUUAUCCGUCGGCACCAGCUAACCAAUAUCUGCCACCGAACAAGCGGCAACAGGGUUUCAACCCCAACACCGGAUACACUUACUAGAACCGCGCCAGGGAGUACUUUUAUCGAUUUCAGUAUUUAUUUGAGCCCACAAAACGAAACACGCUAAUAAACCAGAGUGCUAACACACCCACACAGACGGUACACCCUUCAA